AUGGUAGCAAAAGAAUAAUAAAAAGUAUAUAAAGAUAGAUGCAAAUAUGAAACUACUUAAUAAACAGAAACUUAUAGAUAAACUUUAGCAAAAGAAAAAAAAAUACUAGCGGCAAAAACAAAUGCAGAUAUAGAAAAGCUAGAUCCAUAUUUUAACACAAACAAUAAUUAUUUAGGUAUAUUGAAAAAAAAUCCGGAAUCUUAAAGUACAUCAAUUAAUUAAAAACAUCCUUUAGAUCAAUUAGGUGUAAUAGAUUAAAAUUAUUGUUAAAAAUGCAAAAAAGAUGUAGGCUUUUGUUUACAUCAAAAUAAAAACGAUAAUAUUUAUAAUCAUCAGAAUGAUUUAAAAUUCCCAGCUACAAGUUCAUAAUAAUAUGGAUGGAGAUAACCUAUUGAUACCAUGACUUGGGGAUAUGGUAUAUAAGGUACUUUAUAAACAUUUGGAAGUAGUUUAAGAGGUGUUGAAAAAAAAUAAGAAAAAAAAGAAGAAAAAAAAUGA